GCAAAGAGGAAAACAGGAAAACGAAAAUGACAGCCCAGGAGUAAAGUGGGUCCUCCGCCAACUCAGCUGAAAUUAAUUACUUGGGACAAGAGCUUCAAGGGCAAACCGUUGGAAGAAAGCCACAGGUUUGGCAUUCCUGCCUUAUCUUAAUUUUGAAAGCUGCAGAGCUUUACUUCCUGGACUAGUCUCGCUAUUCUUCCAUGGAGCUCUCUACAGAAGGGUACCACUAUGAUGAUUAUGAGCUGAACACUACUUUUGACUACGCUUCCUUCGAAAUGAUUUGCUACAAAGGUGAUGUCAGAGCAUUCAUCACCUCAUUCCUACCGGCAUUUUACUCUGUCGUUUUCUUCGUUGGGCUCGCUGGGAAUUCCCUAGUGGUGGCAUUCUUCGCCUACAUCAGAAAACUAAAGACCAGGGUGGAUGUAUACAUCAUGAACUUGGCGAUUGCUGAUCUGUUGUUGCUCUGCACUCUUCCCUUUUGGGCUGCAAGUGCCGCCCACGGGUGGGUCCUAGGUAUCCCUUUAUGCAAGAUCACGUCCGCUAUCUACACAAUGACCUUCAGUGCUAGCAUGCAAUUUCUGGCCUGCAUCAGCGUCGAUAGAUACAAGGCCAUUGUCAAAUCCCAAGCUAAACCACGGGCCAUCAGCCAAUGCGUCAAAACGUCAUUCCUUGUCUGGGCAGCCGCCAUGUUCCUUUGCAUUCCUGAACUCGUCUUUAACACAGUCGUGGAGUUCAACAACAGACUUUCGUGUUUCCCCGCAUUUCCUCAGAGCACGGGGAACGUAAUUAACGUAACCAUCGAAAUAGCGGAAAUGUUGCUGAGUUUUGCACUGCCUUUCCUCGUCAUGCUGGUUUGCUACUCGGCUUUGGCCAGAACUCUCAUUUCGAGCCCCAGUGUUAAGAAAUGCCGGCCUCUGAAAGUUCUUGUCGCAGCGGUGUCCGUCUUUAUCGUCACGCAACUGCCUUAUAACAUCGUCAAGCUUUGGAAAGCCAUCGACAUUAUCUACCCGCUGAUUACAGACUGCAGCACGAGCAAAACCAUCGAUAUCGUAUUCCAGGUGACGAACAGCAUUGCCUUGUUCCACUGCUGCCUGAACCCCAUCCUUUACUUUUUUCUGGGAGCCUCUUUCAAAAUGCACAUGGUCAAAAUGGCAAAGCGUUACGGCUACUGGAGAAGGCAGCAGGGCGCAGCGAACGAAGAAAUUCCUAUGGACUAUGAAGACUCUGGGCAAGAAACCAGUAGCUUUACUAUUUAGAAAAUGGGGAGAAGGAAAGCAUAUCUGUGUUCGCUUCAGCCAGUCAAUGCCUGGCUGUGCUGGGUUGACACAGAGAGAUCCUUGACAAAAGAACUGAAUAUCGAUUGUGACUGCUUCACGUGGUAGGAUGAAGCUGUUCCAAUCGAGCAGAUAGCUGGACCUAGCGAACCUGCUCUCUGCUGACAAUAUAACCUAGUUUAAAAUGGGCUGAUCUAUGCAUACAGGAAAUGCUGCACAUUAUUUCUAGCAUCACAUAAUACACACUAAUGAAAUGUUCAAGUGGAAGUAAGCCUGCUUAGUAGCAAGGAGAUGGAGCGAGUAGAAUCACUCAAUAGCUAUUUUCCUAAAGGCUGUUGUUGUUGUUGUUGUUUUUGAGAAGCAUGUUUCAGGAAAGAGGGUGGCAAGCCUGUUCUAUUAUAGAAAAUAAAAUCAUCCUA